UCUAAAAAUUAGAAAUCAGAUCUGCUUUUAGAAGAUUUACUCUUGCAUCCUUUUAAAACAUUUUUAAGUUCAUUAAACUCAUAUCUGUAGUUGUAAUUUCUUUAAGUACGUCUACUUAGUUAAAAUUGUUUUAUGAAAAAGUCCUGAAGGUGAAUGAUUUACUCCAUGUACAUUUAAGUAGAAACCUUCAAUAAAUGCAUGAUGUUAUUUCUGUUUUGAAUAAUGAGUAGGUUAGUUUUAUUUACUUAGUGCUUACUCUUUCUGAAAGAUUCCUUUAAAAAAUAUAUCCCACACUGAAUUCCAGUAUACCAAGGGUUGCAAUGAUUUUGGUUUUAUGGAAGUUCAAGAUUUCCUAUAGUUUAAGUGCCAGAUGGGCACUGGGUGUUUUGUUUUUAUGCCAGAUUUUCUUGUUCAUUCUUGCUAUAUUUUCUAGAAUAUCUCUAAAUAAUAAAUUCUUCUCUCUGUUAUUUGUGUGUGUGAUUUUUGUAGUGGAGAAGGCAAAUGCAAAACUCUUCCAGAUGACUGAAAAACAGUGGGUCCUCUGCAGCUACAGGGGAUUCUAGACAUUAACUAAAGGCCAGCAAGCACUCAAGCCCCCCAAGUGUUUUCCUGGUGUAACCAUUUGUUAACUACAUUUUCUCUCUUUUUACAUUUUAGGCUGUUAAAGUAAUUUGACAGAAAAAUAAUGAGCAGGGUUUGGGGAUCUAAAAAAGCCACCGUGACAAGACAGCAGUAUUUUAAUUCCAUUUUGUAAAAUUUUCUAAGGCAUAUUUUAUAAUUAGUUUGUUCCCAGUGUACUGCUACUUUAUUUGCUUUUUGGUAACUAUAAAUUUUGAUCAAAGAAAUCACUGAAAUAUAAAAUUACUGGAUUUUUAAGUUAGUAAUUUAACAUAUAUAUACUGACCAGGAUUUACAUGCUUUCCCCUUUCCUUAACGAACUGGUCAGUGGAACCUGAAUCUUGAUUGAUAUUGUUAACUUUAGAUGCUAUUUCAGAUCUUUGAAUACCAGUGUGAGCAUUUACACCAUGCCUUGUAAAAGUUGUGAAAUGUCUAGUCCUUGAAACUGAGAAAAGUUGCCUCUGUGGUUUUCUAAAAUAAUUAAAUUACAUUAAUAGAUGGGUUAAGGCAUGAUGUAUAACAACAGAUCUGUUUCCAUGAUACUAAAAUGUAUGAGCCCUAUUUUAAGGUUUUAAAAAAUAUUUGCUUAUAAAUGUUUGAGUUAGUGUGUUUUGAGUAAGCAAUUUCUUUUAUAUCCAUGUGCCUGUUAUAGGAUAAGACUUAUUUAUCACAAAGAGAAAAUUUGUAGAAUUCAAACAAGUUUUAAAACAAGGUUCAAGUCAUUCGAAUAAUGUGCAAAACAUUAGUUAGGCUUUAAGUUUAAAGAAUUUUUAUUGGCUAAAUACUAGUUUCUAAACCCUGAACAUAAUACAGUAUAUCAUGUAACUGGCUUUCAUAUAUAUUUUUGUGGAUUUGUUUUGAAAGGGAAAUAUUUAGAGGUAUAUGUAGAGUUACAGGAAUAUUUAGUUCCAACAUCUAUUUUUGGUGUAUUUAAUUACUGGUAUGGUAUGCUGUAUUAAUGUUAUCACUACUAAAUAACUGAUGUAUUCAAUGCCUUUUGUCACCAUUCACCCUAGUUUUAGCUCUUGUACUUUGGUGUUGUUCUUGGUCAGUGUUUUAAAACAGUAGACACAAAGCUUACGGUAAGGAAUAGUCUUAUUUGGUAAAACUGAGAUAGCUGGAUUUGGAAGGAACUCUUAAUAGUAUUGGAUUUGGGGGUUAUUUAGGUUCCUUGGUUAAUGUUUGUUUCUUUUGUCUGUUUCUUUUUCUUUCAUUUCUACACAUUCAUGCAGUAUUUCAUGGUUCUAUCAAAGCAGCAGUAAAAAAAAUACUCUUGACGCAUGAAAAUUAACUGGUGAGGGGCCUCAUUGCUAUUUUUAAAUUGUAGUUUUAUUUUUAAAUAGUCUUUUUUUAAUCAGAGGAUCAGAUGCAUGACUCUUUUUUUAAUGGAUGCAGAUCUUCUAUCAGGUGUCUCACAAUAUACUCAAGAGGAUUUUAGUUUGCCAGAAAUGUUGCAAAUGCACUAAUUGAGUAAGAUGUUGAUACUUAAUAUUAUCCUCUUGAGACAUAAUUUUGCAUGCAAAAUUAUCCCAUAAUCUUUGUAGGUUUGUUAAUAUUGAUGCAUUAAUGCCCUAUAUCUAAAUGAUCUCCUCCCCACCCUCCAUAACUCUUGGUAUCUAAAUUGAUGACAGCUCUGACACAAGCAAGAUAACAGUGCUGUGUAGUAUACAUUUGUUUAUAUUAUCGGCACUUCUCAGUAUAGGUGGAAGGAACCAUUACCUUUAUUUAACAGUGGUUUUUCUUUUUUGUUGUUGUGUUUUACAGUUCUUUUCCCUGGUUCAGCCUGAACUAUAUACCAGGCCCUGCUGAAAAUACCACCCAACAGUUUUCUUCUGCAGCUUAUCCAGUUUCUCUUAAGUGCCCUGUACAUAUUGUAUGUUUUAUGAUGAGAUGCAGUUUCUUAAUAUGUAUUACAGAAAUACUACUGGUAUUUGCAAAUAUGUAGUUUAAUUGUAUUAUUGAACUCUCAUUUUGGGGGCUUGGGCACAUUAACAGCUUAAUCCAUCUGUAUAGGGCUUUUGCUGUUGGAUAGAAUUUAAAUUGUCUACAUAAAUAUUUGUCUUAGGACCCUUAGAUUUUAUCUGAAUACACAGAUUAGGCUUUAAAAACAGACAUACAUGUCGCUCUUGGCUUUAGGAGUAUGGGCUAAGUUAGCUUUUGAACUGACACUAUACAGUAGCAUUUUUUUGGUAUGGUUAGCAUGGCACAUGUUGGAACAUAAAGCAUUUACUGUACAGGUAAGGAAUGUGCCAUGUUGUUUUACCUAUUCUCUCUCUCUCUCUCUCUCACUCACUCACUUCCACACACACAUAUCCUGUGUGUAUUCAGAGACCUUCAGAAACAUUCAUAUUCAUUUUCAUGAGUCAGCAAAAGCCCUACGCUUGAUUCCAACAGAAUAUUUCCUUUACAUACUUUUCUUCUCUUAAUUUUUACAAAAUUUGUAUGGUAGGUGUAAAAGAAAAUCAUAGUAACUGUACCAUAUUAUUAACCCCUAAAUCAAACUUUUUUUGUCUUGUGUAUCUUGAUUUUUCUGUGUGCUUUAUAGUGAAGCAGCCGACACGAGUCGUUGUUCAUAAAACAGCUUUUGAAAAGUUGAGAGCACACCCCUGGAGAACCGACUGUGCUUGCUUACGUUUGGUUCAUGACUUAAAAAUCGAGUACAGGAGUUAUUCCUGAUGAGACUAAGGCUUUGUCUCUGUUGGCACCAGCUAAUGCAGUGGCAGGUCUUCUGCCUGGUGGUGGACUCCUGCCUACCCCUAACCCACUUACCCAGAUUGGCGCUGUUCCAUUGGCUGCUUUGGGAGCUCCUACUCUUGAUCCUGCCCUUGCUGCACUUGGGCUUCCUGGAGCGAACUUGAACUCUCAGUCUCUUGCUGCAGAUCAGUUGCUGAAGCUUAUGAGUACCGUUGAUCCCAAAUUGAAUCAUGUAGCUGCUGGUCUUGUUUCACCAAGUCUGAAAUCAGAUACUUCUAGUAAAGAAAUAGAGGAAGCCAUGAAGAGAGUACGAGAAGCACAGUCCCUAAUUUCCGCUGCUAUAGAACCAGAUAAGAAAGAAGAAAAACGAAGGCACUCGAGGUCAAGAUCACGUUCUAGGAGGAGGAGGACUCCCUCAUCUUCUAGGCACAGGCGGUCAAGAAGCAGAUCAAGAAGGAGGUCACAUUCUAAGUCAAGGAGUAGGCGACGAUCCAAAAGUCCAAGACGGAGAAGAUCUCAUUCCAGAGAGAGAGGUAGAAGGUCAAGGAGCACAUCAAAAACCAGAGACAAAAAGAAGGAAGACAAAGAAAAAAAACGUUCCAAAACACCACCAAAAAGUUACAGCACAGCCAGACGUUCCAGAAGUGCAAGCAGUUUGCACAUUUGUGGUUCUAGAGAAAGACGACGACGACGAAGCAGGAGUGGCACAAGAUCCCCAAAAAAGCCUAGGUCUCCUAAAAGAAAACCGUCUCGCUCACCAUCUCCAAGGAGACAUAAAAAGGAGAAAAAGAAAGAUAAAGACAAAGAAAGAAGCAGAGAUGAAAGAGAGCGCUCAACAAGCAAGAAGAAAAAAAGUAAAGAUAAGGAAAAAGAUCGGGAAAGAAAAUCAGAGAGUGAUAAAGAUGUAAAACAGGUUACACGGGAUUAUGAUGAAGAGGAGCAGGGGUAUGACAGCGAGAAAGAGAAAAAAGAGGAGAAAAAAAUGACAGAACCAGGUUCCCCUAAAACAAAAGAAUGUUCUGUGGAAAAGGGAACUGGUGAUUCGCUGAGAGAGUCCAAAGUGAAUGGGGAUGAUCAUCAUGAAGAGGACAUGGACAUGAGUGACUGACCUGCCUCCCGGAGAGUCCCGCUGUACACAUGCAUCAGUGUCAUUCCUGUGUGGGGUUUCUUCAUGCUGUAUUUGUUCAUCUCGCACCUAGAUGUAUACAGCUCUAAGUUAUAAAUGGUUAUACAGCUCCUGAUACUGAUAUUAGUUAUCACAUCCGAAAGCUUUUACAAAAUGAUACAUGGGUAACCAGUUCUUGACCUGGUGAAAUCUGAUUGUGUAACCAAGCAGUUUUACUAUUCUGGUACUGCCUCAUAACAAAAAUGAAAAGCUGCAUGCAUCUACAGCAGGCAUGGAUUGUUUUAUGUUGUAUGAUCUCCUUUCUUAAGUAAGUUCACUUACAAGUAUUUCUAGAAUUUGAUUCAUUGCCGUAAUAGAGCCAUGUAGGGAAUGCACUGAUUGCAUGUUAAUUGUGGCAGGAAUAUAUUAAAUGUCAUUAAAAUCCUCCAACAUGAUGAAUCCACUUAUGGUCCUGUUUGUUGACAUGACAAAUUAACAUUCUUGUAGUUAAUCUGGAAACGAGCAUUUGAAAUAGAUAAUCCUUAAGCCUUGUGGCUAAAUUUUUGUGGCUUUUGUUUAACUUUGAAAGGUUACAUGUGCACUAACCUUUUUUGAUGGGUAAUUAGGCUUUAAUUACAGAAACAAGAUUUCAAAUGAAACUUCCUUUGGCUGUGAGUAAAUAGCAUAUUUUGAAUUAGAGUUGUAUACUUUUCAUAAGGUGUUUGGGAAUUUUUUUUUCCUGAAAUAAUUUAUUCCACAUCUACAUCAGUGAAAUCUACCUGCCUGAGUCCACCUGUAAACAAAAAGUUUUCUCGUCCCAAUUUUCAAUUUUACACUUGUUCAUUAGUUUGUUUUAAUCUCACUGUUAGAAAAAAAGGGUAGUGCAUUUUAAAUUGACCUUCAUAUGCUUUUAAGUAAGACAAAUCUACUUGAUAAUGUACUUUUUAUUUGAUCUCAAGUUGUAUGAAACCAAUAAAUUUGUGUUACUGUUAACUGCAAUAGUGAUCUUAUGCACACAGUGAUUCCAUGUUAAAUGCAAAGUAGUUAGACAACUGUUUUCUUAGUUACAGGAGUUUCAAGCUUCACUUUUGUGCUGUAAAAACAAAAGUAGGCUAGUCUGUGCCAUGUUGAUGUACAGUUUCUGAAAUUGUUUUACAAGACUUUGAUAAUAAAAAGCUUAAACUUA